AUGGCGGACCGAGAGAUGUCGACCAAAACAGAAAGUACAUCCUCCAGGCUGCCGGAAAUCCCAGAAAAUGACUGGAAAAUCAGUCUCUAUGACGCCGGCGACGAUAUGGACUGUCCCCGAGCAUGUUUCCUUCCCUGUGAUAUGUUCGGCCGCACCCGCUAUCGAUUGAACUUGAUUAGACAGGGCCACGAUCCUCUCGAUCUCACCGAUUACAAAGACUUCAAUCCCACGUGUUGGAAGUUUUUCGGGCUGUGCACUGGGGGUUUCUAUAUCGGCAGCGGCAUCUACACCGGCAGAGAGACGACCAGGAUCCGUCAAAAGUACGGCAUCAAGGGCACAGCAGGAGACGACAUAACGACAGGGAUUCUCUGCCAGCCAUGUUCCUUGAUUCGGAAUGACCUCGAGAUCCGCCAGCGUGAGAGCAUGAAACAAGAGGCCGAUCUCCCACCUCCGAGGCCUCUUGGCGAGGACUACCAGCCCAUCUUUGCCAUUAAGCCUGAUGGCUACAAGUCGGAGCCGCGGAUGACUACUCCAAGAGGCAUUUUGAAGCCAAUCACGUCUCCGGAAACCUCAUCGCCGCCGGACGGACAACCCGCUCUGCGAGAAGUACGCUUCCACGAACCAGGGCAGGGAAAUGCACCCAAUGUGGCUGCGUCGUACCCUACUGAAGUCGGCCAUGUCUCUCAGUCUCCCAUCAGCACUAGGACCGAGGCUGGCCCUUCGAAUGUCAACCAACGACGCAGCAGAGAGGGAACUCUGACUCCUAUCGAUGAAGGAGACAGCCAAGCUGCGGAAGAAAGGAAGAAGAGCACCAUCUUGGGCCCAGCAAUGAAUACCUUCCAGAGAACGACAAGUCCGCCUGUCAUGCACGUCACCACCAGUAACGCCCCUAUCCAGGCGCCGGUCCCCACGCGCGACCACGACAGAUCUGCACCUGCACAAUUUCCAGUGAUAGAAGCGCGCGUACCAUCCCCUGAACUCUCUCGAAAAGCACCCAACACCGGAAAGCCCCGCACUCCGGUCCGCAAGUCCCGCUUCUCCGAGGACUUCGAGGCGCCCUCCGCCGACGUGAUGUUCUCCAAUAUUCCAGACGCUGCCCCAAGCAGCUCCCCUAAAGUUCCUACUCAGCUUCCCCAACUCCCUGGCGCAUUCCCUUCAUCUUCACACUCCGAUACACCAAAUAUGAAGCCACCCGCUCUUGAACAGCUUCCCGCCCUUCGUGACGUGGCGAACCAGUCACCCAAGGUGUUCACCAUUGAGCAGGCGGAGGCUUCGAUUCCAGAAACGAUCCAGGACCGGGUGGACGAAGCGCGAGACGUCGCUCGUUCGCAACCUCAUGAUCUGGGCACCGAUACAGUCGUCGGAGUACCUCCUCAGGGAGGAGCUCACGAUAUCGGCGCCGAUACCGUUGUCCCCUUGCCGGAUCAACCAGAAGCCCAUGGUCUGCAUAUGGAUCCCAAGGUUGCUCUAGCCGCCGCCAGGGUCAGAGACCACCCCAUCGAGUCAGAUCCCCGCAUCAAUUCGCCCAAACCGACCUCAUUCUGCGACCACAAAAUUGCCGAGGACAAGCACCUUAGGAUUCUCAGGACGGGGAGCCCGUUCAAACAUGGGAUUCAUCUCGACCAGCGCGUCGCAACUCCUCCAGCUUUGGUGCGACCGCAUGAUCUCCUUGAAGACUGGCAAAUCGCCACGCCCAGUCCCAACCCGGGUCGCGAGAACCACAACCUGGCCGCUGACGCCAGGAUUGCGAGUCCGGGUCUGGGCUCAAGUCGCGUUGGAACGCCGAAGCAUUCAGGAGAAAAUGUUCAUGAUUUGACAGCGGAUGCCAGAGUGCCGUCUCGUGAUCUCCCGGCGGCUGAUGUGAGGGCUGAUGUGAGGGUGCCAACCGGGACCGAGCCGGUAAGUCCAAUGGCAAAGAGUCCGGAACCGAGGAGUCCUUCGCCCAAGAGACCGGCUGCUGCUAGUCCGGCGUUGAGCGCGUCCAGUAUCAGCAUUGGCAUGAGGGCGCAUCAAUUGCUGGAACACUUUUUGGAGAGAGAUCGGAAGGGUGCGGAGCGGAGGAGUGGGAAUAAGUCUAAUUUGAGGGCGGAGAAGCCUUGUUCUGUAUCGGUGCCGGAGGCAGCGGACCCGACCCCGCCGGCUCCGUCUCACAAAAACCGUCUUGCGACCAUUCGCGAUACUCACCUUCGCAACACCAUCUGUCACUCCUCACCAACACAUUCACACAUACACUCAAACACACUCAACCACACCACCACAACCAUAGCCAAAAUGUCCGAACAAAAACAAACAGUCCACAUCGGCACCCGCCGCUCCGCCCUCGCCCUCCGACAAGUCGACCUCGUCAUCGCCGCCCUCCAGCCUCACCACCCCAACGUCCACUUCCAAGUGCACGCCCUCGCCACCCUCGGCGACAAGAACCAAACCGCUUCCCUCCCCUCCCUCGGCAAGGGCCUCUGGACCAACGAACUCGAAGCCAAGUUAUUCAACAACGAAGUCGACUUCAUCGUGCACUGCCUCAAGGACGUCCCCACUACUCUCCCCGAGGGCGGCAAGAUUGGCGUUGUGACGGAGCGCGAGGACCCAAGGGAUGUGGUGGUCAUGAAGAAGAAGUGGGCGGAGCAGGGCAAGUACAAGACCCUGUCUGACCUGCCCGAGGGCGCCAUCGUGGGAACCAGCUCCGUGCGCCGCGCGGCGCAACUGCGCAGACGGUACCCCGGGUUGGUGUUUAAGGAUGUGCGAGGCAACAUCGAGACGAGAAUGAGGAAGUGCGACGAGGAGGAUUACGAUUGCACCAUUCUCGCCGCGGCGGGUUUGUUGAGGAUGGGGUACGAUGAGCGCAUUGCGCAGUGGUUGGAUUCGACGACGGAGGGUGGAGGCAUGUUGCAUGCGGUUGGACAGGGCGCGCUGGCGAUGGAGAUCAGGGAGGGCGACGAGAAGACGCUGGAGAUUAUUAAGCCGUUGUGUCAUGAGAAGACCAUGCUGGCGACGUUUGCGGAGCGCGCGGUCAUGAGGAGCUUGGAGGGCGGGUGCAGUGUGCCGAUUGGUGUUGAGACGAAGUGGGUGGGUGAGGAUCAGUUGCAGCUUAAGGUGACGGUGGUGAGCUUGGAUGGAAAGGAGAGUGUGGAUGGGCAGAGCGUGGAGGUGAUCAAGACGAUUGAGGAGGCCGAAGAGAUGGGUAAGAAGCUGGCGGAGGACCUGGCGAAGAGGGGCGCGCAGAAGAUCUUGGACUUUGUCAACCAGGGUCGUGCCUCGGGUGGUGCGCUCAAGGUUGGCGAUCUCUGA